AUGAGAAUCUUAGGGGUCACUAAUAUCUCUGGGACUGUGAGUGAGUUUAUCCUUUUGGGUUUCACUUGUCAAAAAGAGACUCAAAUCAUCCUUCUUAUGUUGUUCUCUAUCAUCUAUAUCCUCACCAUCAUGGGGAAUACAUGUAUCAUCUAUGCUGUUUGGUCAAGUCAGCAACUUCACACUCCCAUGUACACUCUCUUGGCCAAUUUCUCUUUCUUAGAAAUCUGCUAUGUUAACUCUGAUGUGCCCAAAAUGUUGGUCAACAUGCUCUCUAAAACCAAAACCAUCUCUUUCACUGGAUGCUUGCUUCAGUUCUAUUUCUUCUUCUCAAUGUGUGCCUCUGAAUGCUUGUUUCUGUCUGUGAUGGCAUUUGACCGAUACCUUGCCAUCUGCCAACCUCUACACUACUCCACCAUCAUGACUCAACGCCUCUGUGCUAACUUGGCACUCUUCUGCUGGGUGGGGGGCUUAAUAUGGUUACUGACCCCUGUGAUCCUAAUCUCACAGGUACCCUUCUGUGGUCCAAACAUAAUUGACCACUUUUUAUGUGACCUGGGGCCAUUGUUAGCCCUCUCCUGUGCCCCAGUCCCCAACACUACUUUGGCCUGUGGUGCCAUCAGCUCACUCAUCAUCUUUAUCACCUUCCUCUACAUACUGGGUUCUUAUGUCCAGGUCUUGAGAACUGUAUUGCGUGUGCCAUCAGGUUCUGGAAGAAAUAAGGCUUUCUCAACAUGUGCCUCCCAUUUCACUGUGGUGUCUCUAUUCUAUGGCUCAGUCAUGGUGAUGUAUGUGAGUCCAGGAUCUGGGAACCAGUUUGGAAUGGAGAAAUUUGUAACCUUGUUCUACUCCAUGGCAACUCCAUUCUUCAACCCCUUGAUCUAUAGCCUCCGGAACAAAGAUAUGAAGAAAGCUCUAAAGAAACUCCUGAGUGGGUUUUCCCACAGAUUUCCUAAGAGACACCAGAAAUGA